UCUGUCUGUCUGUCUGUCUGUACAAACUUCUCUUUAUUUCAUCUUAUUUAUCUCAGUUUAUACUUUCUGCUUUUAUUGCUGCUGGUACUGCAUUGAUGGACAUUUUUACUCUUUAGAACAUUUUGUUAAACUUUGUUUAAUGUGACUGAACUGACAUGAUCUGUAUAUAAAUAAUCAUAAAUGGUUAGUAACACACUAUAAUGCCGUUAUGCUACAUUAUAGUGCGUUACUAACAGUUUAUUACAUGUUUAUCUACUGAUUAUUGAUGAGAACUGCAGUAGAGGAACUCUGAUCUUUUACUACAGUAAAAGUACAACAGUGUAGAACAUAUCAGCAUUAAAAUACACUGAAAGUAGCAAAAGUUAAAAUAUGCAGAAUUAUAUAUGAUAUUCUGAAGACAAUAAGAUUAAUAUAAAAUCCAAUAUAUAUAAAUACAAUUAUUGAUGCACUGAUGUUGCAGCUGGUCUUUAUAUACUGCGGAUAGAUUGAUCUAUAAUAAUACAGAAAUCAGCCCUAACACAGCGAGCACUGCCAGUAACACUGAUUAUCUGGGUAUCAGGUCUCCUAUCAGUGGGGGGGUAUAUCAGGCAGUGAACAGAGUUGAUGUGUUAGAAGCAGGAAAAUGGGCAUCGUGAGGAUCUGAUCCACUUUGACAAGAACCACAUUGUGAUGGACGACUGGGUCAGAACAUCUCCAAACCUGCAGCUCUUGUUGGGUGUUCCCGGUCUGCAGAGGUCACUGAUGACCUCAUCGACAUAACAAAGAAUAAACAAAGAAGAACCAUGACAUCAAUGGAUAACAUCACAAUGGUGUUCACCACCGAGGACCCGUCCUCCAUCAGCCCCUCACCAACCUCUGAUGAGUACUACGACUACCCCGACCUGCUGUGCGACCGGGAGUCGGUGCGAGAGUUCAGGAGUCGCUACGAGCCACCACUCUUCUGGAUGAUUGCUCUGGUGGGUGGAGUCGGGAAUAUGAUGGUGGUGUGGAUCUACCUGAACUUCCGGCGGCGGCUGAAGACGAUGACAGACGUGUACCUCUUGAACCUGGCGGUGGCCGACCUGCUUUUCCUUGUCACGCUGCCGCUGUGGGCGGCUGAAGCGUCACACGGCUGGAACUUUGGCACCGCAGUCUGCAAGCUGAACUCGGCCGUCUACAAGGUGAACCUGUUCAGCAGCAUGCUGUUGCUGACCUGCAUCAGCGUGGACCGCUAUGUGGUCAUCGUGCAGACCACCAAGGCGCAGAACUCGCAGGCGGAGCGCCGCCGCUGCAGCCUGCUGGUGUGCACGGGGGUGUGGCUGCUGGCCCUGCUGCUCGCUGUGCCCGAGCUUGUGUUUGCCACCACCGCCACGGUGGACUCGCAGCAGUACUGCAGGAUGGUAUUCCCCACUGACCUCGGCAACCGCACCAAGAUCCUGGUGCUGUCACUGCAGGUGAGCAUGGGCUUCUGCCUGCCCUUCAUCGUCAUGGCCUUUUGUUACAGCAUCAUUGUCGCCAAGCUGCUCAAGACCCGAAACUUCCAGAAGCACAAGGCCAUGCGCGUCAUCCUGGCCGUGGUGGUGGCGUUCGUCGCGUCUCAGCUGCCGUACAACGGCGUGCUGGUGAUGGAGGCAGCGCAGGCCACCAACAUGACCAUGACGGACUGCGAGGAGAUGAAGCGCUUCGACAAGGCGGGCCAGCUGCUUAAGGGUCUGGCCUACAUGCACGCCUGCCUCAACCCCUUCCUGUACGCCUUCGUGGGCGUGCGCUUCCGCCGCGACGUGCUGCAGCUGCUGCACAGCUGCCGCUGCCAGCCAGCCAAUAAGAGCCAGCUGAGUAAGAGCUGCAGGAGCCCACUGAGCUCCACCAGAGCCACUGUGAUGUCAGACAGCGACACCUCGCAGGCGCUGUCGCUGUAGAGACUGCGGCUACUUCCUCCAUACUGGGCUUUUCAAAAUAAGGUGUUUUUUGAGGGUGGUUGGUUUUUCUUUUCUUUUUGUCAUGUUUGGCCUUUUCAUGCCUUUAUUAGAUAGGGACAGCUGAAGAUAGAUAGGAAAGGUAGGUAGAGAGAGAGGUGAUGACACGCAGCAAAGGGCCGCAGGUUGGAUUUGAACCCCGGCCGCUGCAGCAACUCCAUAUGUGAGUCGCCAGCUCUACCGACUGAGCUAAUCGGGCACCUGAUGUGGUUGUUUUUCAAAGUCAAACAAACGUAAAACAUAUUAGGAUGUUUGUGUGUUUCCAAUAACAUCCUGAAAGCAUCUUGGACUUUCCAGGACUUUCAAGGACUUUCCAGGACUUUCCUGUAUAUUGAAUGUGAAUCUGUUUUACCGACACAAUGUGAUUUUUGGCUGCUGUUGACAGAUGUUCACUGUGUUGUAUCAUCCUGCUCAAACAGGAAACGCAUCACAAAGAGGAAGUAAGGAGUAGGUUGAACGUUUGACAUUAAUGUGACUGUUUGUUUGUUUGUUUACACAAGAAAGAAACUCUGUUACUGUCAGACAGUGCGAGGAGAUGCUAACAGCACUGCUAAAAGAUGCUAAUGUGUGAUUUCUGAGGAUGUAUAUAUUUCUGUGUGUUUUUAACAAAAGACAUUAAAGUGGCUGUAAAACA